AUGGCUUUUCCUUACAAGAAGGUACUCCUGGUUGGAGCUACAUCUGGUAUCGGUCGUGCUUUAGCCGGAAGCCUUGUCGAACAUGGCUGCUUCGUGAUUGCCGUUGGUCGACGACAGGAGCUCCUUGACUUGUUUGUCCAGGAAUACGGUGCGGACAAGGCUGCAUCUUUCAGCCUCGAUAUCAGCAAGCUAGAUGCAAUUCCAGACUUUGUGAAGAGUGUGACCUCAUCCCAUCCAGAUUUAGACUGCGUCUUUGUCAACUCGGGGAUCCAACGGCGGUCUGUCUUUAGUGAGCCAGAAAGCAUUGAUAUGAAUCAGAUUCAGGAUGAGAUGACAGUCAACUAUGUUUCCUACGUUGCAUUGGCGAAGGAGUUUCUGCCCUUUCUUAUGGCCAAAAGGGACACUCCAACGUCACUCAUAUUGUACGUCGUGGGCAAAUAUUUGCUUCGAUUUUCGGGAUAUUCGCGCCUGACUAGAGAUAAUGCACCAGCACCUCAUCCAAUCUCGCACUAG